CACAACCAAUACAAAAUAGUUUUCGCCUUCUUUCCACAAAAUUGCAAAACUAAGCUCAAAGCAAAUUAAAUAACAUUGGACAUCCUUUUCAUCGUGUUGAUAUUUUACUUCGACUGAGGAAUUAGAAGUUAACAUUCAAUUAUUGAAUAUGUCCGAGACAACAGCAAUCGAUAAAGAACUUACGUCAAAUGUGGAAAACAUAUCCCUGGGACCAGAGCAAAAACUCGAAAAACAGGAAGUGAAAAAAAUUGACAUCAUUCUACAUGCCACUGGAAGCGCACCGAUUCUCAAACAGAAAAAAUGGGCUGUUGAUCAAGAAAAACCAAUCAGUGCGAUCAUCAAGUUUAUUCAUAAAUACUUGAAACUGGAACCAGGCGAAAAAUUGUUCCUGUACAUCAAUCAAACCUUCGCACCAUCUCCGGAUCAGAUAAUCAAAAAUUUAUAUGAAUGCUAUGGAGCUAACGGAAAGUUAGUUUUGCACUAUGCGAAAAGUCAAGCCUGGGGUUAACUCCCAAUUAACUCCUCGAUCACCAUAAAUAUACCAAUCUAAGUCUUAUAAAGUUCGACUCUUUUUAAAUAUAUUACAGAGACGUUCUAA